AUGGUUGAUUGGGCUACACAAAAUCGUCUUUAUCCACCUGGUUAUCGUCCAAUUGAUGUUCGAUACCGACGUACUAGUAUUGAUUCUUCAUUACCAUAUUCAAUUGCAUCAACCAAAAGACAUAAUUGUCGUUCAAAAAUAAAACAAUCAAAUAAGUUUAUUAAUAAUGAGAUGCUUAUUGAAAGUCUUCAUCAUGGUCUUAAUCAAGCCUUUCAGUUUCAUGAUAAUAUGUCUGCCGAUGAUAAUGACGAUAGAAACCCCAAAUUACUUGCUACUUAUGCUUUAAAUAUAAACUGGCCUCGUUCGGUAUGUUGUUUAUCUGAAAGUGAUGGUUCAUUAAUUGUAUGUGAACAAGAUCGAUGUCGUCUUAUUCUUUUCACUCCUCAAUUGAUACUUCUUUCAACAUGUGGUGGAAAACGAGGCCAUGAUCUUUAUGAAUUUGAUUCACCAUGGAGUGUAGCUUCAUUUUAUGAUAAAUCAUCAUCAAAUGUAUUAGUUGCUGAUACAAAUAAUCGACGAGUACAAUAUUUUACAAUUGAAUAUAAUGGAAAAUUUUUAUAUAAACAAAGUUUUCUAACAAAAGAAAAACCUUUUUUUGUUGGAACAAGCAAACAACAUUUUGCAAUAUCAUGUGAAAAAGGUCUUAUUAUAACUUUUUUAAUUAAAAGAAAAAUACAAGUAGCAAAAAUUGAUUUAAAUAGAACAUCAAUAAUACAGAAUUCAAUUCAAAAUGCUCUUCCAUUCUGUAUGGAUCCACAAAAUAGUUUUCUUUUUUUAAGUAAUUCAAUUUUAUCAAUUAGUAUUAUUCAUCAAUUAACAAUAACUGGUGAAUAUCUUCGUUCUAUUAAACUUGAUCAUUAUCCAUUUCUUCGUAUAUCUUCUCUUAUAUUUGAUAAUUAUGAUCAACAAUUAAUUAUUGUUGAUUCAUUUAAUUCAAUUAUUUAUUCUCUUGAACAUGAUUUAGAUGAAGAUAAUGUUGAAAUCUUAUUAAAACGUUCUGACAAUUUGAACAAUCCACAAGGAUUAUGUGUUAGUAAUGAAGGUCAUUUAAUUGUUGUUGAAUGUAGUGUAACAACGCAACAUACUCUCAAAGUAUUUCGAUAUCAUCCAUGUUCAUGUCAUUCUCGUGUGGGAUCAUCUAGUGUCAAAACAAGUGAAACAAGAAGCGUCCGAUCGUUGAAUAUUUCAUAG